UUAUACAAGACCCACACAGAACAAAAUGUAUACCAUUCUACUAACAACUGUGCUGUUGCCUACAGUGACAGGUUUCCUGUUGGAUUCGUUUGGAUUAGGCUCUGCUGUACCGACAGUGUCACAACUGGACGUGAACAAAUAUUUAGGAAGAUGGUUCCAAAUGUACGCUAGUCAAUCUGUUUAUGCUACAUUCGAAAGAAAAGCCGUGUGUGUUACUGCGGACUAUACUAUGUCAACUGAUGGGAGUGGACAUAUUAAUGUCCUUAACUCUGAAAGACUCAGUGAAGCUAAGGGAGACCUGAAAGUUAUACACGGAUAUGCUACACCAACCAAAGAUGUCGGAAAAUUAACCGUCCAUCUGGAAACAGUAGGAUUUAAUGCACCUUAUUGGGUAAUGAAACUCGGACCAGCUACAUUCGGACCAGACAACAAAUAUCAAUACGCUCUAGUGUCUGACAAUUUGAAGGCUACUUUAUUUGUACUAGCACGCGAUCCCGUCGUCUUCAAACGUGAUUAUGAGGCAGAGGUUAUGCAUUUUUUAAAAAGUGAAGGAUUUACCUCUGUUAUAAACAAACCUGUUAGUACUUACCAUGGAGCGGACUGUACAUACAAUAGUGAUCACGUCUAGAACAAUCCGUCAAUUCUAAUAUUUAUCAUUAUGUGUCCCAUUCAUCCAAAGAGUUAGCAAACUAAAUUGUGGUUAUUAACAACAAAGCUAACAUGUAUCAAAUCUUGAGGUUCAUCUGAGCCUGUAUGGCCUGUCAGAUAGAGUUUGUAGUGAUGAAAUCAUUUUUGAUUGAGAUCAAAUCUUCAUUACAAGUGUAAUAAAUGAUUUAUUUUAAA